AUGUUGAAACUCGUUUCUUCUUCUUCUUCAUUUAGUGGUAUCAGCUUUUCGAGAAGAGGAGGAAUUCUUUUUCAUGGCACAACAACAAGCACCACUAACACUCCAUCCAUGUUGAAAGUGGUGGUGAUGAGAACGAUUGCUGAUCCACCGAUGAUGGACCGUCGUCGGUUGUUGGAUUUUGGAAUUAAUCAUCAAUUUUCAUUCUUCUCUCGGAUGAAUGAUCUUUAUCAUCAUGAUAGGAAGAAGAUGAUUUAUCAAUCAAAAUCCAAUAGGAUGAUGAGUUCGUUGAAUUUGAUGAAGGGAGUAAGCCUUGAUCAACCCGAGUCAAGCCACCACCAUCAUCAUCAUCAUCUUUUAUUAAAUUCUAGUUAUGAACAUCCUCUCGGAGGAAUCAUUGGUAGUCUCUAUCAAGCCUCUUCAAAUGUAUUAUGGAACAUGAAAAAACAGUUAUUCAAAUCUAAAUUCUUCAAGAAUUCAAGAACGAUUCUAAUACCACAUAAACUUGAGAUGAGUUGGGAAGAAUUGAAAAGAAAGAUUUCAAAUGUAUUUGGAGGUCAUCGAUAUUCCUAUUACGAAUACAGUAGCUAUGGAAGUGGAGGAGAAGGAAGUGGAUUCCGAUUUACGAAUAUUCAAAAAAUCAUUGCUUUGAAUGUGGCUGUGUUUGUCUUGGCUAAUUUAUUCCUCACACGACAAGACAUUCUUGCUAAUUUGGGAGUUUCAUUGGACAAUAUCAAACAUGGCAAAAUUUACACCAUGUUCACAAGCAUGUUUACACAUAUUGAUUUAAUUCAUAUAUUCAUGAACAUGUAUGCAUUGAGUCAAUUAGGAAAAAUGAUGCCCAUGACUAGAAGAUUAUUGUGGCCAGCUUAUAUUUUCUGUGGUCUAGUGGCGUCUUCUGUUUAUUUACUUGAUAAAUGGAUUGGAAGUACUGCACUUCAUCGACCCCAUGAAUACUAUACCACUGGUAUUGGAGCCAGCGGAGCCAUAUUUGGUUUGUUAGCGUUUGUGACACAAGUACAUCCCUUCAUUCCAGUAGGCAUCUUCUUUUUACCCAUCCAAUUUAAAUUAAGGAAUUUCUUUUAUGGUGUCAUUGCCAUUGAGUGCUAUCGUUGGUACACGAACAGAGAUUCAUCCGUGAGUGCGAGUGGCCACUUGGGAGGAGCUUUGGGAGGAUACUUGUUCUACCUGAUGAAUCGUAAGAGACUUCUUUUUAAAAGGGUUAAAUGUUUGUAG